AUUUUAAAUCACUGUGGUGCAGGUUUGAGAGGAACGCACAUGCAGCAUGCGUAUGACUUCUACAAGCCUGACCUGAUGUCAGAGUACCCUGUGGUGGACGGCAAGCUGUCGAUAGAGUGCUACCUGAGUGCCUUGGACCGCUGCUAUUCGGUGUAUCGCAACAAGAUCCACGCACAGUGGCAGAGAGAGGGCUUGGAGAACCGCUUCAGCCUGGAGGACUUUGGUUAUCUCGUCUUUCACUCGCCGUACUGUAAGCUGGUGCAGAAGUCGUUGGCCAGACUGAUGCUGAACGACUUCCUGAGCCACCCCAGCCCCAACACUGAGACCGGACCCUUCACUGGCCUUGAAGCCUUCAGAGAUAUUCGACCAGAAGAAACCUACUUUGACCGGGAUGUGGAGAAGGCAUUCAUGAAGGCCAGUGCAGAUCUGUUUGAGAGGAAGACCAAGGCCUCGCUGCUGAUCUCCAACGAGAACGGAAACAUGUACACGCCCUCCGUCUACGGCUGCCUGGCAUCAGUCAUUGCACAACACACGUCGUCACAGAUCGCCGGACAGAGGAUCGGAGUUUUCUCCUACGGUUCAGGAUUUGCUGCGACUCUGUAUUCUGUCCGCGUCACACAGGACCACACACCCGGAUCUACUUUGGACAAACUGGUGUCAAGCCUGAGCGACCUGAAGGUCAGACUGGACUCGAGGAAGAAGGUUUCACCUUCCGUCUUCUCUGAGAACAUGAAGCUGAGAGAGGACACGCACCACUUAGCCAGCUACGUCCCUCGUGGCUCGGUGGAGGAUCUGUUCCCAGGAACGUGGUACCUGACGCGAGUGGACGACAAACACCGCAGGGAAUACGCCCGCACACCUCUGGACCGCGACCUGCCAGCAGAGCCCGAACUUCUGGCUCGCUCCAACACAACCACAGAGCAGCACAUCCCGAGUCCCGCCAAGAAGAUGCCUCGCAUCCCCGCCACCAACUCCAUCCCCGAGGCUGCCGUCAGCAACUAAGAGCGUCCGGUUAUCUCCAGGAGGUAUCACAGCCCAAAAAGUAGUCGCCUCUAGAGGUCAGAAGAGGUCACCUCCCACUUAUCAUUAAACUUCAUUAGGUCGGAGCAGUGUUGAGACAGCUGGACAUCCCAUCAUGCCCCUGCUGGCCACACGUGACACUGUCCAACAGUAAGAAUUCGUUUUAUUGUAAAGUUUACGUUCACACGUGCUCCCUUUGCAUUUGUGCAAACUGGACAGUUGUUAAUCUGGGAGUGGCUCAGGCUGAUGUGUGUGAAACAAGCGGACUUCCUGCUGGCAGCUGGCAGCCGGCGACAGGAAGAGGAAAUGAACAUAAUUAACGUGGCUUCAGGCCUCCUGCUGAUUGAAAGAAAAACGUGGGGUGGGCCUCAACUGUGUUUAUGGAUCCAAAUAGUGCUGCUGCUGCUGCCACGGCAACCCAGCGUGAGACAGAGCUCUUACCCACACACACACACACACACACACACACACACACACACACACACACACACACACACACACUAGUUAUCCUAUUUGCACAGAAGUGUCUAAACCCACUGAGUGAGAAGCUGCUGUUAAGUUUGACUUCACUUCCUAAAAUCAUCAAGUUCUGAUAAAACCACAUCAGAGUUGUUCCUCUUAUUUUCUGUCUUUUCUUAAUGUUCUGUAGAUUCAUUACAGAAUUUCUCUCAGUGGAGCUCAAACCUUUGACAGCAGUCGAUUCAAUUCAAUGAAACCACAUCACACUCAUUCGUAAACAUCAGUCCUUUAAAUGUCUGAGUUUUUUAUCAAUGUCCAUGAAUUAUUCUCUGAGAAAUCAAAGAAAAUUAAAUUUUACUUUCUUAAAGAAAGACAACACGUCCUGGACUCGUCUCUUUGUCCCGAUCAACCGUUUCUUUCUCGACCCGUCUUUCGAGGUAAAUCUUAGUAAAUGUCCUCUUUCGUUCUGACGCUCCAGGAAAUACAACUUAACUUAAACGUCAUAUUUGUCUCUAUUUCUGAACGUUCUUCCAGAGCAGGUGAUGGGAUGGAUUACAUGAUCGUAUCAUUUGUUAUGUCAGUUCAUGUGUAGUAACACGUACAGUCACAGUCCUUUAGUCUCAUCAGCUCCACAUGAUCCUCAGCAUCAGGACAAAGAGCUUCUAGAGUUUCUCAACAAACAAAAAGAUUGUUCAAGAUUUUAUAUCCAGAGGAAGAAAAAGUCCAGGAAACUCUUGUUUUCUUAUUCUCGUAACAAUACGACUUUAUUCUUGAGGUCUGGUCCUCGCUCUGGUUUCAUAGAGAGAGUAAGCGAGUUGAAAGCGUUGCCAUGGCGGCAGCAUCAUGGACUGCAGGCCUCUUCCUGUGACGGUGCUCGGCUGCAGGAUCGUCAGUGGGUUUAGAUUUCUCUGAUGAAACAUCCAGUGUUUUCUGUCACUCUCAUUCACACUGAAGCCUUAACAAAGAAGGGCUUUGUUUCAUUUUAGUUUCAGACGAGCAGUUUGAUGAGCGACGUGCACGACCGCCACGUGUUUGACAUUGACGUCGGUCAGACUGUAAACCAAGAUGGACGACACGUCUUCACUUCCCCCUGUCGCACAACAAUGAAGCUUAAAUAGCUCCGAUAAGAACGCUGCCAUCUUGUGGUGAUGAUGUAAUUUGCAUUCAGAGUCUGUGCAGUAGUCAUAGUGGGGUGGAGCCGUAGUAUCUGUGUCCCGCCCACACAUGAACUCCACCAAUCCUGAGUCAGUGUCAGCUGUCAAUCAUGACUUCUCCGCCUGUUUUUAGAUCAUCAAAAAACGUAUUCAAACCAAACUGAUGAGAAACUUGAACCAACAUCAGAGAGCGAGGAACUAAAACGACAGAAACAUCUUUGACAAACUCAUUUAUCGUCUACUUUGAGUUUUUAAUUUUGUCCAUCUGCUAACAUGGAGGAGGUUUAUGACCUAUACCUCAUCCAGCCACCAGGGGCGAUCCAGAUGUUUCGGCUUCAAUAUUUGGAGCUGUCGUGUCGUCCAUCUUGGGCUGAGCAGCUCCUGGAAUCGGAGCAGUCGAUCUCGAGAAGCCUAGCGACACACGAGUAUGAAUCGUUAACAGACGAAGCUUUUCCUCCAAUAAUGUACAGAAAUUCUUUUUAUUGUCCAGCUCGGCUCCUCGGGUCCUGCUCACGUGUGUUUGACGUGUUUCAGGAUCAUGUUUCCAGGGUCACGUGGUCUGAAGCCAUGUUGAUGAUCAUGUACAGGACAAACCGAUUAUUUAUGCUGUAUCACGAUGAGAUGAAUUUUAUCGCUUUGUGCAAACGUGUACAUUCAGAAUAAAUGAACUUUCAACAGGU